UGCGCGUGCGCAGAGAGACAUCACCCGCCAUUUUAUGCGUACCGGGAGCGCUCGCGCGCCCACAUAGACGUUACCUUUUCGGAAACUUGUUUUAAAUUUUUUUUUAAUUAGUUAUUAUUUUCGCGCGCCAAAGUUUCGCCUAGGAGGCCAUUUUUUUUUCUCCACAGCCCUCCCUUAUGGCGGCGGAGAAUCAGGCCGGGCUCGCAGCGGAAGCGACGGUUUCCCUCAGCGGCGGCGGCGGCUCGGAAGGCUUCGGAGGCGGGAUGACGCGGCGGCGCCUGAGCGACCUGCGGGUGAUCGACCUGCGGGCCGAGCUGAAGCACCGCAACCUGGACAGCGGCGGCAACAAGAGCGUCCUUCUCGAGCGGCUCCGGAAGGCUAUUGAGGAAGAGGGAGGACAUCCUGAUGAGAUUCCAGUGGUGUCAGAAAUAAUUCCCAAGAAAGUGCCCAAAAGAAGCAGUAAAGGGCGUAGGCCCGAAGAAGAGGGAGUGGAGGACAACGGACUUGAAGAUGAAGCCGGAGAUGGACAGGAGGAUAUUGAAGCAAGUUUGGAUAACUUGCAAGAUAUUGACAUGAUGGAUAUUAGUGUGUUAGAUGAAGCUGCAAUAGAUAACAGCAGUGGUGUAGACUGCCGAGAGGAUAGCAGUGCUGAUAGUAGACUUGACUCCCUCUUUGACAGUAAGGAGAGUGCUGAUGCAGAAAGGAGAGGACUUCCAGAGCAGCUGGCAGGAGGUGCUGUAGGUAACAUGGAGGCAGCUGCGCCCUUGUCAGACAUUCCGGAAGAAUCGAGAGAAAUACCAGUAGCCGUGGUAGAGAGUGAAGAGGCCAGUGGCACCGUAGAUCUAUCAUCUGCCGAUUUUGCAAACAUGAAGGAGCUUGAAGAGUUUCCUUUGGAACCAGAAAAUGAGAAAAUGCUCGACAUUUUGGGUGACACUUGUAAAUCUGAGCCCCUUAAAGAAGACACUUCUGAAGCGGAGCAGGAGCAGGAAACGAAUAAUUCAUUGCCGGGCAAAAAGGAAGCCGAGGAAGAGGAAGACAUGCUGGCCGCCGCCUCCACCCAGUCGGACGAAGACCUUGUAGAUACAGACAGCCAGUCAGGCCAGGCUGCGGCCAAGAACAAGGAGGACGAAGCAAAGCUCUUAGUGGUAGCAAAAGGGGAGCCGAGCGCUAAUUGUGAGGAGGAGUCCUCUGCCACUAGAGAGUCCUCUGCCCAAGAGGGUGGUGAUCAGAACACGAGCUCAAAUGAGGAUGCAGAGGCUAAAAGUGCUUCCAAAGUUGAGAAGGGUCGCUCCGCUGCUAGCUCUGGCAGAAAUCUAUGGGUCAGUGGUCUUUCCUCUUCAACAAGAGCUACUGAUCUGAAGAAUCUGUUUAGCAAAUAUGGCAAGGUGGUAGGUGCAAAAGUAGUGACGAAUGCCCGCAGCCCUGGGGCCCGCUGUUACGGCUUUGUCACCAUGUCUUCGUCUGAGGAAGCAACCAAAUGCAUCAGCCACCUCCAUAGGACAGAACUGCACGGGAAGAUGAUUUCUGUGGAAAAAGCCAAGAAUGAACCUGCUGGAAAAAAGCCGUUAUCCGAGAAGAAGGAAGAUGAUGCCAAGAAGGAAAAAGACAGGCGGCAUUCUACAGACUCCAAAUCAGAAAAGCCUCUCAACCUUAAAGAAGAAAAGAACGACAAAAACGAAGACUCCAAAACAUUGGAAGAGAAAGACAGCGGAGACGAAAAGAAGGAUAAAGAGACAGAAGAGCAGAAAAGUGGGUCAUCUGAACGUUCGCGAUCUGUUAAAUCAGGAAGCCGAGGAGCCGAACGGACAGUUGUUAUGGAUAAAUCCAAAGGGGAGCCAGUGAUUAGCGUGAAAACCACAUCCACAUCAAAAGAGCGGAGCACUAAAAGCCAUGACCGCAAGUCCGAGAGCAAGGAGAAACAAGACAUCCUGUCUUUCGAUAAAAUCAAAGAGCAGCGUGAGCGAGAGCGGCAGAGGCAACGAGAGCGAGAGAUCCGGGAGACAGAACGGAGGAGGGAACGGGAGCGGAGGGAGCGGGACCAGCACACCCAGGCAGCCCACGAGUGGGAUGAAAGGCAGAGGCUGCAGCGGGAGCGGGAGCGGCUGCACUUCCAGAGGCAACGGCUGGAGCGGGAGCGGAUGGAGCGGGAACGGCUGGAGCGGGAGCGGAUGCGCAUUGAGCAGGAGCGGCGGAAGGAGCAGGAGCGCAUCCAUCGGGAGCGGGAGGAGUUGCGGCGGCAACAGGAGCAGCUGCGCUAUGAGCAGGAGCGCCGUUCAGCCUUGCGGAGGCCCUACAACGAUGGCCGGCGUGAUGAUGCCUACUGGCCGGAACCGAAGCGGAUGGCCACAGAUGACCGAUACCACUCGGACUUUAGCCGGCAAGAUCGCUUCCACAGCUUUGAUCACAGAGAUCGUGGCCGAUACCAAGACCCUCUAAUGGACAGGAGAGAAAGUUCAAGAAUAGUGCCGGACCGAGAUGGACAGCACUAUCCUGAUGAGCGGCACGGAGGCCCCGAUCGCCAUUCCCGGGAUGGCUGGGUGGGUUACGGGUCAGAGAGGAGGCUGAGCAAAGGACGAGGUUUACCACCCCAAUCCCGGGAAGGGCGACACUGGGGAGAUCACAGCCGGAAGCUCGAGGGGCAUCAAGACCGCUCCUGGCCGGGGAGCGCAGAUGGAGAGAUGAUGGGACGGGAACAUGAACGAUGGCAAGGUGGUGAGCGGAGUGCUCCUGGCCCAUCCGGGCCUGGCCACGUAAUGAACAGAGGAGAGAUAUCGGGGCGUGGAGAGUUUGCCCAGGGCGGACCGCAGGACCCAGCAGUGCAAGGAGCCGACAUGCAAGGCGGCUUUGCAAGCCAGGAGAGAACGAACCGGCCGAGUGACCCCCGUUUUGCUCGCCGUUAUUGAAGACUUUGCUUCUUGACAAAACGUGGCAACUCUGUGGAAUUUUGCUCCCCUGGUUAUCGCCUUGAACUGUUGUCACUGAAACAGAAGCUCACCGCAGUAGCUUGCAGAUGACGUGAACUCAAUUGUGUUACGUGUGUGUGCGUGUGUGCGCGUGUGUGUAUGUUUUCCCCCCUUGCUCUGGGUAUGUUCUUAUCUGGACACCACUCAGCUGUUUUGGAGGAAACAUUCCAUUUUCCACAAAUAAUAAAUCUGUACUGUAUUGAG